GCGGGAGAAUGGAAUACGAGACCUGGACGAUGGAAAUGCAUUUCAGGAUCUUCUUUCCUUGGCCUGGUUAGACUUCGAAGGGAAUGACAUCAGGAGAAUCACCGCUGAUUCCUUCGCCACAAAUUCAUCUCUAUUCGUCAUUGUGCUGAAGAAUAACAGCAUUUCAACGCUUGAAAGAGACUCUUUUUCUUCACAUCCGACCUUGAUUGAAAUUGACCUUUCAGACAAUCAUAUUCGGCACCUACCAAAUGGAAUCUUCGAUAAUCUCCAGAUUCUUGAAAUACUGCGCCUGCAGAAUAAUCCUUUAACAACGAUCCAUACUGACUUGUUCAAUUACUUAAGCAGUCUAAUCGAUCUAAACCUUACUGGAAUUACAAUAUCUAACAUCAGCUUAGAUAUGUUUGACAGUCUGACGAGUCUUGAGAAAGUAGAAUUUGAAAAAUUCGAGUACUGUCGCUACGCCCCUCACGUUCGAACCUGUACCCCUCGAUCCGAUGGAAUCUCGUCGUUUGAAAAUCUCCUGAAGAACGUGAUUCUACGAGUUUUUGUGUGGACGAUAGGUAUCAUCACAAGCGUGGGUAAUCUAGGUGUCUUGGUUAGCCGUGCUUUUAUGAAAGCAGAAAAUAAAGUACAUACGGUGGUCGUUAUUAAUCUGUGCACUGCCGAUUUGUUGAUGGGUCUCUAUCUGCUUAUCAUCGGUACUCAUGACGUCACAUAUCGUGAUAGCUACAACCAGCAUGCGCUUGAAUGGACUAAUAGUCUGACAUGCAAGGUAUCUGGACUUCUGGGGAUGCUUUCGAGUGAAGUUUCGGUCCUCACACUCAUGUUCAUAUCUCUUGAGCGGUACUUCAUCAUAGUCUACCCAUACAGCUUUCAGAGGAUAAAAGCUAGGCGAGCGGUGAUCGUCUUGAUCUUUAUUUGGAUAAUCGGGACUAUUCUUGCGGUACUGCCCAUUAUUCCCGUGGCAUACUUCGGGAACUUUUACGGGAGCAAUGGUGUGUGUUUUCCCCUUCAUCUUCAUGAACCAAAAAUGAAAGGCUGGGAAUAUUCAGCCUUCGUGUUCCUGGGGAUAAAUACGACUGCCUUCAUUGUCAUCGUUGUGUCAUACACAGGUAUGUUUGUCAGCAUUCGGAGAACGAGAAGAGCGGCUGCACAGUGUGGUAUGAAGGGAGACAUGGCCUAUGCGAAACGCUUCUUCUUCAUCAUCCUUACUGAUUCCCUGUGCUGGCUUCCAAUAGCAAUCCUCAAAGUCGUCUCACUGUGUGAUUUUGUCAUUUCAGAAACCCUCUACGGCUGGAUCGUGGUUUUCGUACUGCCAAUAAACAGCGCCCUCAAUCCAAUACUCUACACCAUUAGCACCACACCCUUCGUGAUGUGGUUCUUGCGAUCCAUCAAGAGAGGUCGCAGUGACAGUUCAGACGGCUUUACCUCGUACACGAACUUACCAAAGCGUGCCUCCUGUUUCUCGACCGGUACCAACGGGCCGCUCGGCCUUCAGUUGGAAGGCGUGUCAUCGGUCUCCACGUGUCUACCGUCGGUGUCGGCGACGAUGAUGACGACGCCGCUGAACGUCAUCGACGAGUUGGCUUCCGGCGAGACGUCGCCCUCGUUAAACAGGGUUAAGAGACUGUCCACGCCGAUUGUGAGUCUUGAUGACCUCAUGGAGUGAUGAGCAUGAAACGCAGUCGGGAGAGACGAUGAUGCCUUUGGGGAAAUCUAAAGAAUAACGAUUCGUGCACCAACAACAGUGUGGCGUCUUUGGCGGCGCAAAGUGAACCGGAACCCUUUAGAUGGGAAUGGAAUGAAGACGUUAUCACGCCAAUCGAUAUCGAGACUUAACGAAUCAUCCCAUCAUUAUUUAUUAAACCUCUGGUAGGUCCAUGAUUAAAAUAUCCGCCCUUUCACACGUUAAAAAAAUCGUAAUUUGAAUGAUGAUUCCAGUGAAAAAUAAGGCUAAAUGACGAAUAUUGAGCACGUGUGAAACCAAACUAAAACAUGACUAGAAUCACGAACGCUAAUCACAGUCACGAUUACAAUAUCAAUCAUCGUUAACAUGAUGAUUCAAGAUUCACGUGUGAAAAGGCCCUGAUUCACUCAGCGAUCGUUGGUUUCCCUUUGAAGGUAUUUAUUUUGCGGAGCAUGCGAAGAGGAAUUGUUCUCAAUCGGAGGAAGCAAAUAAAGUAUUUUUCAUGGUUGUGUCCACAUGUGAUUGUCUGCAAUGCACAUGUGUUUUAUAUUUUGGGGUAAAUCUGGGCCCCGUGUUACGAUUGAUCCAAUCAAUCGUAACUCUAUGGAAAUCCACCAGUGUCAUAAUUUUUUCUACAGGCAAUUUAUAAAAUGUCCUUUGUAAACAAAGCGAAACACACCAAAUUGUCAAGAAAUCAAUGAAUUUAUGGAUAUACAUUCAUAAUUAGGAAAUAUUUUGAACAAACAUGCAUAAUAGAUGUUGACGUUGAUGGCCGUCCAUAGUUGCGAUUGAUUGGAUCAAUCGCAACUCUUUGUAAGAUGGGCCCCUGUUGUUUGCAAGGUGCCUGUAUGUAUUCAUGGUAAUGAUUCAAUAUUUAAGAGAAAAUUGAUAUAAAAUGAAGUCCGAACCUCUCACUGCGUUACAUAGGGGAUACCGGGGAGAUAUGGGAUACGUUUUAUGUCGGGACAGAAUCCUUGUAACUUUUGAAAUAUGUUGUCAAGCUAGGUCAUAAUAAUAAGCUGUAUGUCUUAAAAUUUAGAUAUACUGAAGUGUAUAAUAUCGCAUUUGAUGAAACCCUAACAGUAUGUUUUUUUUGGUGUAAUUUAUGUUUAAAAAAAAAACAUUAUUUGGGGUACGGACGGGACACCCCGGGAUGAAAUGGUACAUCGAGAAAUUCUGGAAUUUGAAUCACACAAGUAGAACUUACACGUGCGGUGACAAAUGGGGCACAUUUCUCCCCCCUCGGCAAAAAUAAUGAUUAAAAAACAAUGGCGGCCACUACAUCCAACCUGUGUUAUCAAGCAGGGUUUUUUUCUCUCAGAAGAUUGCACACCUACAUACUAGGUUACCAGCACGCCUACCAGAUCUAUGUUACAUAGUGUACUUGAUAAUUUCCUUGAC